CCCUUAAAAUUCUUCAAUCACUUCCACUCUAACAAUGGCUAAAACUCUUCACAUUACUUUUACCAUUACCAUCAUUCUCCUCUUUUCUUCUUCUUCUAUUCCCUGCACACAAUCCCAAACCACCAGAGAGUACUACUAUUGGAAUGAGAACAACGGUGUUGAAGAUCUAAUAGACCAAGUAUGCAAAAGAACACCCUUUUAUGACUUAUGCAUUUCCACACUCCACAACAACCCUCUUCUAAGCCCCAAGAGUGACAUCAAACAAGUAGCACUCAUAAUGGUCAACAACAUUCUGUCAAAUGCAACUGACACACUCAAUUACAUUGAAGCCCUUUUGAAGCACACAAAGGACCCCCAAUUGGAACAAGCUUUGGCUCUUUGUGCUGAGUCAUAUAUCCCUGUUGUGAGGUUCACUCUUCCACAAGCUGCUGUGGCUAUAAGCCAGGGACACUUUGCCUUUGCAAGUUACUGCAUUUCUGAUGCUGUUAAGGAAGUUAAUUCCUGUGAGGGUAGAUUGGUGAAAUCACCUUCUGAUAAGUCACCUUUGGGUGAUAGGAAUGAUGUUGUUCAGAAGCUUGUUGACGUUGCUAAUGCCAUUAUCAAAUUGCUUUUGAAGGCUUGAUGAUGGG